UCUUGCUGUUAUAUUGAGCCAUCGCAAUAAACUUCUGUCGCGCAAACAUGGUUGCUGUACAAGUCUUAGCCUGUUUCCUCGCGACCACCGGAGGUGUCCUAGCCUCGGUAGGUGGCACUGAGGAUGCUUUGGUCUCUCCAAACGCUGAGCGUCGCAAUCUGCACGCAAAAUCCCAUUCAAGACGGGCUGACAAUGCGACUGUGCUAUUGCCUAUUGACGUUUACAUGCACGUCAUAACUCCUGGCGACAUCGAAGGAGAGGGAUAUAUUAGCGACGCGGCGCUCAGUGCGCAGAUGGAGGUCCUGAACAAUGCUUUCGAACCUGUUGGAUUCCAGUUCAAUCUUGUAAACACGACGCGCACGAUCAACGAGUAUUGGUACAACAAUCUCUUAGAAGCACGUCCGUCUGAACGAGAAGUCUCGGCAGCUCUGCGGCAGGGCGAUCUCGCUACACUAAACAUAUACAGUAUGGGUGUCGUCAACACGACAGAGACUGCCUGGGCAACGCUCCCUGCCUCGCAGGCAUCUUACGAUGGCGUCUUCCAGAACAACACAGCAUUUCUAGGGGGCAGUCGCCCUCUCAAUGAGGGAAUUACGCUUGUUCACGAAGUUGGUCAUUGGUGUGGUCUCUACCAUGUCUUCAACUUUGGCUGCGCUGUGAGCUACGACUACGUCGCAGACACGCCAAACCAGCAAGCACCCGAGGUCUCGGGUGAAUGCGACAUCGGACGCGACUCCUGCCCUGACCAGCCUGGUUUAGAUUCCAUACAUAACUACAUGUCGUACUCGGCCGACUAUUGCCGGUACGAAUUCACGCCCGGACAAAUCCAGAGGAUGCGAGAGCAGAUGGCCAAAUUCCGUGGUGUCGUGUAUCCUGGCAUUGACGUUGACAACAUCCCUGAAGACUCGAUUGAGAUUCCGCCUCCAGAAGAGUAGACGAAUAGGAAGGGGGCAACGCUUUGAUCUUGAAGGAUGCGAACUCUGGCAGUACUGUUGCGAGACUGUCCAAGGCUUUAUUGCCAAAACAGUAUAUCUACCUCGCCCACCUCACUACAAUCUUCUUCAUCUUCUUCACCUGCAUUCCAAUUGAGAAGGGAGAUUUUGAGAGUGUUGUAAGGUUCUAGCUCCGAAGCGACAGUGUGUAUUGGG